GUCACAUACAUAUAUGUCUACCGCCCCCUCUUCAUUUUAAUAUCGCCUCGUUUGUCUACUUGUCUGCUUCCCUGUAGCUACUUCAUGUUUUUUCUGGUUAAUAAUUAAUCUUGCUCUACAUCUUUACUGGAUACCUGUCUACUGUCCACUCAUAUACAUCUAUUGGGUCCACGAGCUUACCAUUUGCACGUGAAAUCCACUCUCACGAUCCUCGAUUUUUCGAUUCUGUACGUCAGAACUGAUGCUUAACAAGCCGCAAUCGCAACAUAAAUAGACACAUUAUCCAAUCCUCGCGCAUACUUCACCAUGGCCGCCGCACAACUUCCUCCGCCCGACGCGACGCAACUUCUGGCGCCGUUCCUUCCUGCUCUCCCGCCGUCCACCAUCUCUACCGAGCCUGCUAUCGGCAUCCUACCACUCCUCUCCCCCAUACUACGCCAGCGAGUCAAGCUUUUGUCACCCACCAGCUCUGAGCCAUGGAUUCGAUUGCUUUGCUACGAUAAAGAAAAAAUAACGGAACUUGUGCAGAUUGCACAAGGUGGUAGCCUUGAGCCACACCCCGUAUCGGGCGAGGUCGAGGUUGACUGGGAGUACGAUGCCGAGACACGAUUUCGAAGAGUUGACGAGGAGACGUUUCAGGCUCUCGUUGCGCUUUCCAGCCUUGGCCUGGCCUUCCAGCUAGUAUAUUGUGUUGGAGAUGUUGAAGGUGGUGGCGAUGGCUGGAGGGUAGGCGAGGUUACUGUUACGGAUAAGCCCUCGCCUUUCUUGCAAUUUGGAGGUGCUUCUGGUAUUGCGGAAGCUGAACGACAGUUUGCCGAGACACAAGCCAAGAAGGUCACUAGCAUCGCCAAGGACACAACUGGCCCUAGCCAGAGCCUAAGUGUCCCGGAUGGUGGCCACGAAGAUGAAGAUGACGAUGAUGAUUACUGGGCACGAUAUGAUGCAACGCCAGCUCGUACACCCGCCCAAAAGUCGCCCGCGCCUCCUUCCAAAGCUACUUCUCAGAUGGGUGGCGUACGGGCAGCUUCAGCAGAGGACGCGUACUUUGCCCAAUACGAUAAUGUACAGCCUGCUAUGGACAACCAUGACCCUGAUGAGGAAGAGGUUGCUGCGCAAAUCGCUCCGCCACUUGGACUUGGACGAGCGCACGAUUCUGCCGAAGCUUCGGAGCGCAAUGAGACUCAGGGUUCAUGGACACUGGCUGAGGCUGAGCACCUGGGGCCAAGUUCCUCACAGAACGGGAACGAUUCUGAGCGUCAUGCUGCUCUACUACACCCUCGUCCUGCUUCUAGCGCGAGCUCCAACGGCUCAGAAACGGUUGCUAAACUUGAGGCUUCUGCUGGCAAACAGACGCAAAAUGAGUUUGGCGUGAAACAACACGUCUCACGCAGCAUUCGAAGCUUGUUCCUGCUUGCACGAGCGUCAGGUAUCGAUCGCAACGAGUUUGAGAACCUUGUCAGAGCUGAGCUUGAUAUCCUCGGUAUGGUUGAGGAUCAGGAACAAAUGUGAUGUUGUGUUAAAUACGCAAUUAGUGCAUCUUUGUUUGGUUUAUCUUUUGACUGACUCAUGGGAUGAAAUUUGGAAAACCUUUUGGGGCAAUGCAUUUUGGUAGUCUCGGCAUGCAUGCAAGGCGUUUGUCAUUGAGCAUCUGGUUAGAGGUCAGUUAAGCGACGACUCUGUUUUGAGUAUUCUUGGGGAAGAUUGAUGGGAUAUGGUAAUAAGUACUGUAUUGAGAUGUAAACAGCAUCUUAUGAUAGAAUGAAACAAUACUAUAUUAUGAA